GUCCCUUGGUGCCGAGGCCGUUCCUUUAAGUUUCCGUGUUCAACCAUCCGCCGGUCCCCAAUAAGCAGAGUGCAUUAAAAAGUCUCGACCUUAAGGCCUAGCCGCGAUCGGGGAUUUCAACCUUUCGAUCCAAUUCGCAAAACCUGCGACACGACAAUAUCAAAUAUCGCAGAAUGGCUUUUAACGUGUCAUCGAUGGUACAGUUACGCGAGGCGCGUGUAGAAGAUGAUAACUGGACCGGAUUGGCUAAUGCAGCUGAAAGGAGGAAGCGACAGAAUCGACUGCAUCAAAGAGCUUGGCGCCGAAAGAGGGCUGCUCAGCGAGCAGUUGGCGACCAGCAUGAGUCCCAUGAACAAGCGAACCCGUCUGAGCCAGAUGUAGAUAGUCCCCUGGCGCAAGAGAUCAUAAAUCUCUUAAAAGCCGAUCCACGCGUGUCGUCCCAUCUCUAUACACGGCUCAAGCCCUUCACUUAUUGGGAGGAGUUUCAUACACAGCUGAAUGCUUUAAACGAAGUGUACGGGAUACCAGAUCGCCCAUGUUAUAAUCUUAGCCAACAACAAGACCUCACGCAUGGCACAAGGUGCGAUCUGCCGAGCCCUAAAUGGAAAGCGAUCCCACCCAUGAUCCCGUACCUCGAUAGCCACAACCGGGUUGGAAUCACCAUCCCAGAUUUUGCCUUUCCUAUCUCGGCAGACCACCGGCUCAUUGUAUUAAUCCAAUACAACGUUCUUCGAGCGCUCAUUACCAACAUGUCUAUCAUAUCAGUUCUCGAGCGGAUGCCUCUCGAAUGCGGCGUAGCUCUCAAUAUAAAAAACUUAUUUCCUCCUCCUGAGACCAUACCCUCUAACUUUGAAUCGACUCAGGUCCAGAAGCGUGUGGCGCAUGAUUUCUGGAUAGAUAUUGUUCCGUGGGGUCGUAUGCGAGAUAAUCUGAUAUUGAACCACGGCAGGUAUGAUGAAGAAGACCUCUGCGUAGACAUGGCUGGUGGGCUGUACGAAGGGUUUGACGAGGUGGAAGCUAGGGGGUUGAUAGUAUGGGGAGAGCCAUGGUCAGAAACGGGCUGGGAAGUUACCGAGGGCUUUGCGACGAAAUGGUCGUUCCUGUUGAAGGGAUGUCAUACUCUGAUCGAAUCGACUAAUAGGUGGAGGGAAUCCAGAGGAGAAGAGAAACUGAUUAUUGAUGUAUGAGUUGGUGUUGAAGUAUUUAUGUACUUGUACAAAGUAGGCAACUAGGUACACUAUGGACGAUAGACUAUGAACUCAC